GCUCACAGCUGUUGGAAAGUGGACGAGGUGGAGCCUUGGGAUCGGCUUGUAGGACGGUUUCUCUGGGUGAAAGGAACCCUGACUGGCUUCAGUGUUACAGAGAGGGACUGCUGCUGGGAGAUGGAUCCCUUACCAACCUCAUCCUUUUUUAAGGCAAUUUGAUACGCUGGACCCUUUUACCCUCGUGGUUUGAAGGUUUCUGCGCUGACAGGAGGUAGGUGAAGAGAUCGGCAGUCAUCUCUGGUGUCACACAGGGUGCCCCAUCCCUCUGUGCUCCGCACUUCUGCUGUGGUCUUUCACAGCAUGUUGUGCUGGGCAUUUUAUUUUUAAGGGAGCUGCUACACUCUGCCUAUCUACAGGAAACAGAAUUUAAAAAAAAAAAAAAAAAAAAGGAAGGAUUUGGCAAGGCGCCAAGCCCAGUGACUGAAGUAAGAAGUAGGGAACUUGGAGUAAGUUUUAGUUACCGGGACUUUGCAUGGCAGAGAGGAUCUGCUCCAGGUUGUGUGGGGCAGGAGGUGAGCCAGCAAUGCCUGGCAGCGUCAGGACGCUUUUGCUUGCUUAGAUGAACGUCCUCACCGUGACUAUGAGCCGAGCUGCUGAUCCCGGGAGGGGACAGAGCUGCAUGUGAAUGAGACCAGAGGAGCGUGUGUGAGUGCUAUGGAGGGCAGCAACUUUGUUGGUGUGACUUUUGCAAGCCUUCAAGGAAAUUCCAUGGAGUUGGACUAAAAUAAAGCUCGGGGAUGUCUCUAUUUGGAUUAAAAUUUGGAAAGAAGAAAUUGAAAGAGGAAGAGAGACACCUUCAAGCAAACAAACGGGAUUUUAACCUGCAGUUUGAAUAUGCUAACAAUUCAAUUAAAACAUCGAAAUACAACUUCUUCACUUUCCUGCCUCUCAACCUGUUUGAACAGUUCCAGCGAAUAGCCAACGCUUACUUUCUUUUCUUGCUGAUUUUGCAGCUGAUUCCUCAAAUUUCCUCACUGGCCUGGUUUACAACAGUGGUGCCCCUCGUGCUGGUGCUGGCCGUAUCAGGAGUCAAGGAUGCCAUCGACGAUUUUAAUCGACACAAAAGCGACAAACACGUCAACAACCGCCCAGUCCAGGUCCUGAUCAAUGGCAUGUUGAAGGAUGAAAAAUGGAUGAAUGUCCAAGUUGGGGAUAUAAUAAAACUAGAAAACAACAACUUUGUGACGGCCGAUCUGCUGUUACUGUCCAGCAGCGAGCCGCACAGCCUGACCUACAUUGAGACGGCCGAACUGGACGGUGAAACAAACCUCAAGGUGAAGCAGGCACUGACAGUCACUGCUGAGCUUGGAGAAGACCUUCAGAAACUGACAGAGUUCAAUGGUGAAGUCAAAUGUGAGGCACCAAAUAACAAGCUGGAUAAGUUCACAGGAACUCUUACUCUUCGAGGAGAGAAGUAUGCCCUGGACAAUGAGAAGAUGUUGCUGAGGGGCUGUACUAUCAGGAACACAGAGUGGUGCUAUGGUCUCGUUAUUUAUGCUGGGCCAGACACCAAACUCAUGCAGAACAGUGGAAAAACAACUUUUAAGAGGACAAGCAUUGAUCGGCUCAUGAACAUCCUUGUGUUGAUGAUCUUUGGAUUUUUAGCACUGAUGUGUCUUAUCCUAGCCAUUGGCAAUGGCAUCUGGGAGUCUGAUAAGGGCUACAACUUCCAAGUCUAUCUGCCCUGGGCAGAGGGUGUCAACUCUGCCUCCUACUCUGGCUUCCUCAUGUUCUGGUCAUACGUGAUCAUUCUAAACACAGUGGUGCCGAUUUCACUCUACGUCAGCGUAGAGAUUAUACGCUUGGGUAACAGUUUCUACAUUGACUGGGACCGCAAAAUGUAUUACCCACCGAACGACACACCAGCCCAGGCCCGUACCACUACACUCAAUGAAGAGCUGGGGCAGAUCAAGUACAUCUUCUCGGACAAAACAGGAACCCUCACUCAGAACAUCAUGUGUUUCAACAAGUGCUCCAUCAACGGCAAAUCCUACGGUGAUGUGUAUGACAUGUCUGGGCAAAGGAUAGAAAUAACUGAGAACACAGAGAAGGUUGAUUUCUCAUACAACCCGUUAGCUGACCCAAAGUUUGCCUUCUAUGACCACAGCCUGGUCGAAGCUGUGAAGCUGAGUGAUGUCCCAACCCACAGGUUCUUCCGACUGCUCUCACUUUGUCACACAGUGAUGCCAGAAGAGAAGAAAGAAGGUAACUUGGUGUAUCAGGCCCAAUCUCCUGAUGAGGGAGCUCUUGUCACUGCUGCCAGAAACUUCGGAUUUGUGUUCCGGGCUCGCACACCAGAGACCAUCACUGUUGUGGAAAUGGGAGAAACGAAAAUCUACAAACUGCUGGCUAUUCUCGAUUUCAACAAUGUCCGCAAGCGAAUGUCAGUUAUCGUGCGGAGUCCAGAAGGGGACUUGACUUUAUACUGCAAGGGGGCUGACACCAUUCUUUAUGAACUGCUUCAUCCAUCCUGUGAUUCUCUCAAGGAGGAGACCACUGAACAUCUGAAUGAAUUUGCUGGGGAAGGUUUGAGGACACUGGUCGUGGCCUAUAAAAACUUGGAUGAAGAAUACUUUCAGGACUGGAUCAGGCGCCACCACGAAGCAAGCACUGCCUUGGAAGGACGGGAAGAUAAAUUGUCUGAGAUAUAUGAAGAGAUCGAAAAAGAUCUAAUGCUGCUAGGUGCCACAGCGAUUGAGGACAAGUUACAAGAUGGGGUCCCGCAGACAAUCGAGACUCUUGCCAAAGCCCACAUUAAGAUAUGGGUUCUCACUGGAGACAAGCAAGAGACAGCAAUGAAUAUUGGUUACUCCUGCAACUUGCUGAAUGAUGACAUGACAGAUGUUUUUAUUAUUGAAGGCAGCACAUCUGGUGAUGUACUUAAUGAACUCAGGAAUGCAAGGAAAAGGAUGAAGCCAGAGUCCUUUCUGGACAGUGAUGAAAUCAACAUUCAGUUUGAAAAAUCUUCCAAAAAAACAAAGCUCCUACCUGAUGAGCAAGCAAAUGGGGUGUAUGGUGUGGUCAUCAACGGCCACAGCCUGGCCUACGCGCUGGAAGAGAACCUGGAGCUGGAACUGGUGCGAACUGCCUGCAUGUGCAAAGUGGUGAUCUGUUGCCGGGUGACUCCGCUGCAGAAGGCCCAGGUGGUGGAGCUGGUGAAGAAGUACAAGAAAGCGGUGACCCUGGCCAUCGGAGAUGGUGCCAACGACGUUAGCAUGAUCAAAACUGCCCACAUCGGGGUUGGUAUCAGCGGCCAGGAGGGGAUGCAGGCGGUCUUGUCCAGUGACUUCUCGUUCGCACAGUUCCGCUACCUGCAGCGCCUGCUCCUAGUCCACGGCCGCUGGUCCUACAUCCGCAUGUGCAAGUUCCUCAAAUACUUCUUCUAUAAGAAUUUUGCCUUCACGUUAGUGCAUUUCUGGUAUGGAUUCUUCUCUGGCUUCUCAGCACAGACUGUCUAUGACGAGUGGUUCAUUACGCUUUACAAUUUGGUUUACACCUCCCUCCCGGUGCUAGGAAUGAGCCUCUUCGAUCAGGAUGUGGAUGAUCGUUGGAGUCUGCUGUUUCCUCAGCUAUAUGUGCCUGGCCAGCAGAACCUAUAUUUUAACAAAAUAGUGUUUGUCAAGUGCAUGUUGCAAGGGAUCUAUAGUUCCCUCAUUCUGUUCUUUAUCCCCUAUGGGGCCAUGUACAAUACAAUGAGAAGUGAUGGGAAAGCCAUUGCUGACUACCAGUCCUUUGCACUGAUGGCCCAGACCUGCUUACUGAUCGUGGUGUCUGUACAGAUUGGCUUGGACACCUCGUACUGGACAGUUGUGAACCAGUUCUUCAUCUGGGGCAGCCUUUCUGUUUACUUUGCUAUCACCUUCACUAUGUAUAGUGACGGCAUGUACCUGAUCUUCACAGCCUCGUUUCCUUUUGUUGGUACAGCUCGAAACACCCUCAGCCAACCCAACGUGUGGCUAGCAAUCUUCCUCAGCAUCGCCCUCUGUGUGCUGCCUGUGGUUGGCUUUCGAUUCCUGAAAGCUCAGCUAAAGCCAACUGCCAGUGACAAAGUCCUACUCAAGAUCAAAGAAGCCAAAAAGAGGCCACCUCCACCCUCACCCAAGAGACGCCUGCGUCGGACCAGCACACGCCGCUCUGGCUAUGCCUUCUCCCACCAGCACGGCUUCGGGGCGCUCAUUAUGUCGGGGAGAAACAUGCGGCCAAAAUCACCUUUUGCCACAACGGGAACAUUUUCACCCAAUAGUGACAAACAUAAACACAAGGGACUGUAAGAACCCAAACCAACCAAACCGAACCAAAAAGGGCUGUUGGGAGAGGAGGCUGUGCUCCCUGCAAAGCACCGAGCCCAUGGCUGCCCAGAACUCUGUCCUCUGGGCUACCAAAGCAAGGGCUUGGGCCUUUCCUUUCUCCCACAUGCACUCUCUGGACUCAGCUCCUCUUCCAAAGACGUGUCCUGCUCCUGGGGAAGGAGGGGCAGGGGGAAGCAAAGACACCGUGUGGUAUCUCAGAGGGCCUCCCCGGUGUGAGAUUAUGCUGUGGGAGGCUCCCUGAGUUUGUUUGUAAUGCUACUUUUUUCUCCCCUUACAUACCUCAGAGCAAAGUGAAGUCCAGGCUGAGGAAAAGGCCGAAUUGGCAAUGUCCUUCUCAAUCAUGUGCCUUUGGGUCUGUCAUGAAUCCACUCUGGGCCUUAUUACUGGGGUGACAGCAUUGACCCUAGGUGUGCCUUAGGUCCAGCCACACAACCCCCAAAUCAACAGUCUCUGUAAUACGUGUAAUUCUGUAGCCUUCUAACUAUUUUGUACAGAAGCACUUUGGAAGGGAUGAGUUUGAAGUAACCUCCUUCCAAUCCAACAGUUAAUUCUGUUUCUCAAAAGGAGGCCAGUGCUCCAAACCAUCCUCUUCCUGCAUAUGCAGCCAAGAGUGCAAGCUCAGAGACGUUCCUAGUUGGUCGCGGGACAAGGGCUCGGCAUUCAUCAGUUUGCCCUGUCUUGUCUGCAAUGCAAAUCCGCUCUUGUUGCAAAAGACCUUUGUCCUCACAGCCAUCUCAGGUUUUGUAGCUGGGCACUAGCCAUUCCAUUUAGACUUAAAAUAGAAGGGCAAAAGAAGUUCAGGCACCCAUAUAGAUCAAGCCAUAAAAUCCAGCACGGAGAAGCCCGUAUCAUGGCUAGGGCUCAUGUGAGCCUCCAGCACCAGGUGAACUUCCCACCAUAACAGACUGAGGCACAUGCAGUGUUUGACUGGAUGGAAAUCAUGCAAGAAAUAUCAGAGGCUAAGAUGCUAUUUCACUGCUGGCAUGAGUUGUCCUGCCUUUUAUUCUGCUGGUGCUGUGAGUAACAGAUGAAGCGUGACCUGGUUGUACUCUCACCCACCCUGCUGCCUGGUGUGGUCAAGUUUCAGAGGAUCUUAGUGAGGGCUCAGGGGCCUCUGCUGAGUUUCUCUGUGCUGGCUGGUAUUUUGUUUGGGAAAGGUUCAUCCAUCAAUCACAAGUUCUAGAGAGCAGAAGGCUCCACCAAAUCCUAUCAAUCUGACUGCCAGCAGAGGGACCUGGUGAUUUGGUGGUGAUCUCUAGAUGCUGGGAUUUGCUCAUGGAUUUGUAACACCAGUACCAUAACCAGCAGUGUUACUGGGUGGAAAGCCAGUGUGGCAGCAUGAGGAUCCGUCCCUCAGUGCUGCUGAGCUGUCUAAAUGGGGAUUUUUUUUGUGCAGAGGACUAAGCAGCUUUGGCUGUUACAUUUUCUCAUCUCCUUUAUACAAAUUUAGACUCUUCCCUAGUAUGGAAUUAGAAUUUUUGCACACUAACCAUCUAGUAUUUAGUGGGAGCACUCUGCCUUGAGUCUCUGAACUAUCAGUGGGGGCAAUCUAUGAUGGCAAGAGGCCAGCAAUGUCCCCACUUCAUCAGGUCUGCAUACAACACCUUGCUGCCUGUGGUCCCACUUUCAGCAGUUACAGUACGACAGUAUGAAAUUGUUUAAGCGCUAAUAGAAGGUUUCAUCUCCCUGUGUUUAAAAAAAUAGUCUGUUGCACCUGCUGCUCUGGGAGGCUCCUUGCAAACUGCGGUAUUAAAUUUCAGCAUAGGCAGUGCAAACUAGAGCUGGGACUGGAUCCAGACUUCAUCAGGCAGGAGCUGCUUGCUAGGGAAGGAGCAAAUUCUAAUCCAGUUAUCUCCCCUGCAAGGGGAUAUCUAAAUAAAGUGAGAGCCUGAGGAAACUGCUGUGACAGUUGGUGCUUCACCUUUCCCUUUGCAGAAGCAAUCAUGGCUUUCUGGUUAGGAUGAUGUCUUUCACAGUCAGCAUCUCCAGUGUGAGAGGAAAAAGGGGAGUGAGGAGAGUGUGUGCAGGUAAGCAGACAACCCUGCAACACCCAGCCUGGCGUGUGGACUGAGAGCCCUAUCAAAGCUGUUCCCACCAUGUCAUGCAGCAGCUUUUAAUGCUGAUCAGCAGAGGCAGAGCUUUUGUUGAGAGCGAGGAAACUCUGAGACUGUGUCACUCUUGUCACAAGGUUUACAUACAAAGCACCUUCUGGCUAAAGGGGAUUUGCAAAGGCUGCAGAGGACGUGCAGGGGCUGAUGGAUCUGUUGGGGAACUUGUUCCAGCUACAACUAUUUCAGUGGUUUUGUCCAGAUCGACAUAUGAGACAUAUCAACUGGCAGUGAUGUUUGUCCUACAUCACUCCUGAUUUUGUAAAAUAUUUUUUUUUUUAAUAAAAAGAGAAUAUUGGGAUGAUC